UAACCUUUAUGCACAAUACCCGUCAAUUUUUAAACCUAACAUCCUACUGACCGUAGUGUGUUCAGUUAAUCGAACUACGAAUCGAAUUCUAUAAUCGCUGACUUUUUAACAGCUAUCAGCACCAAAAAUAUUCUUACUUUGGUUGAAUUAAGGUCGGCAAAAAUUGCCGACCAUGGAAUGCCGACCUCGUUUUCGAGGACUGAUUUUGCCACGUCUUGCUGACGUAAUAAGUGAUACCGACAAAGGAAAAAGUCGCUUCGUGCGAAAACAUUCGCUAGUGGAAAACCGACCGCUUUAUUGCCUCUUCUACAAAACAAUAUAAUAAGCAACAACAACUGAACAACAACAACAACCAAACAAAUAUAAUUGGAACGAAUUUGCAUGCUGCAUGUGUGGUUUCUUUGAUGCAUGCUAUCAUGAUAUUCGGUUUGAAUUCAAUUAUUCAGGAAGUCAAUUUUGGUUUCUUCAGUUAUUAUCUUUAGCCAAUCCAGUUUUGCCGACUGAGAUAAUAAUUUGCAUAUAAUAAUUUGCAUUUGUUUGUACUGUAAAAAGCACGCAUUUUACCAAGUCUCUACAUUUUCACUCUUUCCUUCUAAAUGUAAUGCAUAGUCUUUGCUUUUCAAACUUUAUUGCGUCAAACUUAUUUUUUCUUGGCGAAAUCGCGUUCCAGUGAGAUGCAUUAUUUUCCUUUCCUAAUUUGCAUGCAUUUGGUGUGUUACAAACCAUUAAUAUGGAACCUGAUUGUGUUUUGAGAUGUAGGAUAUUUAUGUGUCAAUGAGGUGACUAAAAACUGAUAUAAAAAGUUAAAAUGUUUUCCUUGCUUGAAGACAAAGCCCAAACUUGUCUUAUUUUACAAAAUGUUUGCCAGAUAUGUGAACAUUUGCGCAAUGAAAACCUUAAACAUUCUGAGUAAACAUUUUAAAAGACGACCAGUUUUUUGCUUAGACAGCAGUGAGCCAGAGCAUUGAACGACGGAAAAUGCCAAACAUAGAUUACACAACGUAAUAUUAAUAAUUCACAUGAAUAUUUACAUACACUUGAGACAGUCAGGGACCCCCAAAACCUGGCGGAAUCGAAAAUUACGAACUGCAAACAGUUGCCUGCGAGUGUCCACCCUUCGAUGCAAGCAACGGUACCCUGUUCCAGUGAACUGUUCUAUCCAUACAAAAUUCUUACAUGAAGUAUUGAUCUUUUCCGGGGUCAAAGUUUACAAAUAUGGCGACUUUUCUGACUUGCACUCGUGGACGAGUUUUAAAGCCUUUCUUGGUGAGAUAUUUUAUUUAUUUUCUGCAUUAUUUACAUUGUAUUGUGUUCUUUAAAAUGUCAAAUUUUUGUUUGUGUGCUGUAUUUGUUAGUUUUUGUAUUGUACGGUAAUAUAAUUGACUUUUUUAUGCAUUAACCAAUGACGGAAUGUCAACAAACCAAACAUAAAAAAUAUUUUUACAUAUUUAUAAUAUUUGUAUUUCAGUUUCAGACAAACUGGGCGUAUGCUCCAUUCUCCCGUUGUUUAAGGUAAGCUACUGAGCUCUGUAAAUAAAAUACAGAAAUAGUAAAUUUACAAAAUACAAUAAAACUAUAAAAGUACAAAAUUGUGUGUACCUAGGUUGCACAAUACAAACUUUUUAUGGUGAACAACACCCAUCAACUAAUGGACAAUAUUUAUCUUGCAGCUCCAACUGUUCAAAUGAGAAAUACAUCCAGCGCAGUAUAGUGCCCACAUAUCACUUUCAACCAAGCUUACCACGACUACCCAUACCUAAACUUGAAGAUACAUGCCGUCGCUAUCUUGAUGCCCAGAAAGUUAUAUUAAGUCCUGAGGAGUAUGAAAAUACCAAAAGACUGGUGGAGAACUUCAAACAAUAUGAAGGACCAGGUACCAUCAUAAUCACCAUUUCAUCAUAUAUAAUCAUUACCAAUACUAUCAACAACAUCACCACACCCACUAUCACUGGUCACCAUCAUCACUAUUAAUGGUCAUUAUCACCACCAUCACUAGUUCCCCCCAUCACCACCAACACUGGUCACCUUCACUGGUCACCAUCACCACCUUCACUGGUCACCAUCAUCACCAUCACCAUCGAUCACUGGUCACCAUCACCACCUUCACUGGUCACCAUCACUACCUUCACUGGUCACCAUUACCACCAUUAUUAUUGGUCAUCAUCACCACCAUCACUGGUCACCAUCAUCACUAUUAAUGGUCAUUAUCACCAUCACUAGUCACCAUCACUAGUUCCCAUCACCACCAACACUGGUCACCUUCACUGGUCACCAUCACCACCUUCACUGGUCACCAUCAUCACCAUCACUGGUCACCAUCACCACUUUCACUGGUCACCAUCACUGGUCAUCAUCACUACCUUCACUGGUCACCAUUACCUUCACUGGUCACCAUUACCACCAUCACUGGACCAGUGAUACUGGUCACUAUCACCAUUACUAUUAGCAUCAUUACCACCACAGCCCAUCCUAUAAAAGUAUAAUUAUAUUUUGUUUUCAGAACUACAGAAGGAGCUAAUAUCAAAAGAUAAACAAAACAAACAUACUAGUUAUAUUUCAGGUGAUUGUCUAAAUCUUAAUUGUAAAAAAACAACAAACAAAUUUUUCUAAAGUCAAGAGACAAACACAAUGCUAAGAACUUAUGUAUUUCAUCCAGAACCUUGGACAGAUUUGUACCUGAAAGAUCGAAGAUCAGUGAUGUUAAAUCAUAAUCCAUUUAUUGUGUUUCAUCAAGACCCAAACGAAGCCAAUAACCAUCAGGUGG